GUGCAGAUUGGGGGCGCGUCUGCGGGCGGGUUUCAAUUUCAAACCCAAACAGUCCGAGGGACGAGCCAGUGGAUUGUAAGAUAACGAUAAAACCAAAUCGUCCGCGCGUUUACUCGGAGUGUAACGCCAUUUAAACACCGGACCGGUGUCGUUAUCUCCAGCCGUGAGAUAACAGAAUCCGCGGAGAAAAGAAAAAAAAUUCGCCGCCUCGUCUUCGCUCCAGUUUUCCGCGCCUGGUAGAUAUUUGGAUGAGAAACCGACGCUGGGCUUGUUUUGCAGCAGGUGUGGAUCAACCCAGACCCUGUGCCACAAUACGACUCGCGCUACUCACCUGCGUUACUGUAGUUCAACUCCUAUAAAGGUUAUCUGACGUUGCAAGGCAUCUCUGCAAGAACCAUGCCGAGGUCCAACAGGCAACGGGAAUACAAGCCCGGAGAUCUUGUGUUUGCUAAAAUGAAGGGGUAUCCACAGUGGCCUGCGAGGAUUGAUGAGUUACCUGAAGGAGCCGUGAAGUCCCCCUCCAACAAGUACCAGGUGUUCUUUUUUGGGACACAUGAGACGGCAUUCCUAGGGUCCAAGGAUCUGUGCCCAUAUGAUGAAAAUAAGGAGAAGUUUGGAAAAGCUAACAAGAGGAAAGGCUUUGCUGAGGGACUCUGGGAGAUUGAGAAGAACCCCACAGUCACACAUGAAGGCUACGAGACAUCGAAGAAGGACAAAGCGCCAGGAGAAGAGGACACAGGAAGUUUGGAGAAAGCAGAUGCCGAGGGCAGCAGCGAUGAGGAUGAAGGGGCCCUCGUCAUCGACGAGAAGAAUGAUAGGGGCGGAGCUAAACGAAAAGCGGAGGAGUCCACAGCGGCAUCACCCAAGCGGCCGAAGGAUACAGAGGCAGAAGGGGAUCUUAAAGUAGACCGCAACAAGUCUAAUGCUGAAGCCAAGCUCAACGAUGUGGCUGAACCCAAGGCAACGGCUCCCUCCUCCCAGAGCGAGUCGAAAGCAGAGGGCCAGGAAAAGGCUACAGCGGGAGGCCAGCUAAAAGCAGAUAAGCCGGUGACAGACAGUGCUUAACAUCAACUCUCAGAAGAAAACCAAGAACCGUUGAUGCUUUUCUCUGGAAUUUAAGCACCAACAUAUUUACCAGCUGGAUGUCAGAUUUCAGCAGUUUAAUUAAUAGAAUAAUUUUAAAAACCUUUUGUUUGUAUUGAGAGACAAACAAAUCCUCAUUUGCCAUUUUUGGGGUAUCAUAUAUCCCAAAAACCAAAAGUUUGCUAAUCUGAUUUCAAACAAUUGAACUGAGCACUUUAAGGCUCAUUUAUAAAUGGGAUUUUGGUGUGUAUAUAUUUUUUAUUUCUAAGUGCAAUUACAUAAUUACAAAGACUGAAGGCUAGGUGUCAAAAACAUUGUUCAGUUUAGCGGGAAUAAACACUGAAAUAUAUACAAAAUAAAAAUGGAGACCAUUUAAACCAUAAAAAAGAUAAAAACUCCCAUCUGAUGGUUUUAAAACGUAGAUAGUGUACAGGAAUAAGAACACAUUUUCACCCAUGCUCUCAGCUUUAGUUCAUAAAAUUAAUGUAUUACUUCUGAUUUGUUUCACCUAGCUUUUCAGUGUCAUCGUAAAUCACAUAUUCAGUCAUUGGAAACAUGAUGAGUUGCACUUUCAGAAUUUGUUUUCCCCCUGCCAUUGUCGAGUUCACUGUAGGAUGUUUUUAUGCAGGUUUUGUUGCUUUGGUGUCGUGAAUGCUUCAUGUGACCAAAUUUCCGUCAUUCAUUUCACCAGGUUGGAUAUUUAAAGCCCAUUUGAGAAGAGCUAUUGUAGGAUGAAAACCUGUUUGAACCCUUCUGUAACUGUCUUCAGCUAAUGAUUGUUGAAAGCAGAAAGACAUUCCUGAAUGUGGUCGUGUCGGCGCUCAACACGUUGGUGGAGCUGUGGCGUUGGUCGGGGGUAAAAAUUAUCUGUUGACACCGUUUCUGGAGAAAUUACAUGGCAAAACUGGCAAAUCUCAAUUUCAAGCUCUUUUCAGCUCACGCUGCAUUCAGUAAUUGGUUGUACCAAAUAGGUUACUUCUUCAAAUGUAUUUCUGACAUUGUCAAUGCAAACAUAUAAUCUGUACAAUUUUGUGAUUUUUGGAAGGAAUUAAAAUGAGAAGACGACAGAGAGAACCAUCUGUACAACUUUGUUUUCUUAACUUUUGGUUUCCAACCAUCAUAACUGGAAUAUGAGUGUUUUACUUCAAUGGUCUUAUUAUUUUGGGCUGUGAAACAAAGUUGUGAUGUUCUGAAGAUGUGUUUUAUUUCAACAUUUGUUUAGACAACAUGUUCAAAAUGUGGUGUUUGUUAUUUUCCACUAUUGGUAAUUUUGAAGGUUCAAGUGUUUUUUGUAAUGCUCGGCCUGCUCACUGUGUUACUUGGAUGUCGUUGUCAUCGCUUUAGAUUUUCUUCCUGUAUUUGACAACAUGAGCGGGUGGGUGACCAACUUGUAGACUUGAGGGAAAUCUCAACCGUUACCUCAAUUUAGUGAAAAUGACCCUGGCUGCUGUGCCUAAACCGGCUUCUCCCCUCCUAAAAAAAUAUCACUGAUCUCUAACAACACAAUGGUCAAAGUGGCCCACUCAUGUCUGGACUUCCAGGGGUAUGAUUUGGCAUCAAGGUGUAAUUCUUGGUUAAGCUUUAUCAUUUAUUUUGAGAAGCUGUCAUUCAUCUUAAUCUGCUGCUUAGUUUACUGUUGUAGUUGCCAGUCCAUUUAAUAAACAUGUUGAUUACAAAAAGAA